CCGGCCACCCCCGCGGGCUCCGGGCAUCCUACGCCGCGCGGAGGCGGCAGGCGCGGCCGCGGCUCCACCACCACCACCUGUGGCGGCGGGAUGGCGGAGCUCGACAUCAGCGCGGAGGCAGUGAUGGGCUUCCUGAGGGAGCGCGGCGGACGGGUGCGCAACACCGAGCUGGUGAGCGCCUUCCGGCCGCUGCUGGAGGCCGCCGGGGCCGGUGCCGAUGCCGGGGAGGCGGAGGGGCGGGCGGCGCGGCGGGAGCGGUUCAAGGCGGCGGUGAACGCCGUGGCCACGGUGAAGGAGAUCGACGGCGUCAAGUUCGUGGUGCUGAAGCGGCAGCUCCGCGCUGCCCCGCCGGCGGGGGGCGAUGCCGGAGCCCCCGUCCCGGUUCCCGUCCCCGUCCCCGUCCCGGUUCCCGUCCCCGACCCGGACCCCGCCGGGACGCCCCCCGAGGAGCCGCCGGGGCCGCGGGCCGUGGCCGAGCUGCGGGGCCUGUUCCAGGGCGGCGGCGGCGGGGUGCCCCUGCCCGGGGCCGCGGCGGGGGCCCGGCGGGAGCCGCCGCCCAAGCCCUGCAUGCUGCCCGUGCGCUGCGUGCCGCCCCCCGCCGCCCCGGGGCCGCCCGAGGAGGCGGCCAGCCCGCUGUCCCCCCCGUCGCUGGACGAGGAGGCCGGGUCCCGCUCGCCCGGGCUGCGCAGGGGGCCCAAGAACCACCGGGCCAGCGAGGAGACGGUGGUGCCCCUGGAGCAGGCGGAGCACCAGUGGCUGGUGCUGGCGGCCGACGGGCAAUGGACACAGCAGCUCCACGGGCUGCUGCUGGGCGACGCCAGCCUGGCGGCUCGCAGGGACUUCAUCUCCGGCUUCACCGCCCUGCACUGGGCCGCCAAGAGCGGCAACUGCGACAUGGUGACCAACAUCAUCCGAGCGGCCGAGAAGGGCGGGUCCCGCGUCAAUGUGGAUGCCCGGUCGCAUGGUGGCUACACGGCACUGCACCUGGCUGCUAUACACGGCCAGGAGAAGAUCAUCACCAUGCUCGUCUACAGCUACCAUGCCAAGAUUGACCUGAGGGACUACAGUGGGAAGAAGCCGCACCAGUACUUAAAGGAAGGGACAUCCCUUACAAUUAGGCGUUUGCUGGGGGACCCCAGCCUUUCCCAAAACAUGGAACACUCCGUGCCCAUCAAGAAGUCUACAAAGCUUGCGGCUUCAAUCUUGAGCUCCACUAGCACUUUCCUGGGAGUCAUAUCCGAUGAUAUGGCUUUCUAUGAUCUCACCAAAGGUUUAAGGAAGCCCUCAACUUUAAACAAGCUUCUGACUGCCACUACGGGCCCGAGGAGGAAGCCAAAGAUCAGAGGGGGCUUCCCUUCAUAUUCCUCACUCUCUGAGGUAGCGGAGGAGGAGGAAGAGGUUGUUGUGAAACGCAGACCCGUUUCUGAGCUGUUCUUUGGCCACUAGCCUCUGCCUUACUGUGAUCAAAAUGGUUUAAUAGCAUGGCUGCUUUCUCAGCUUUCUCUCGCAGAAGCAGUUUGGAUUUUUUUUCUCUCUAUGUCUGUGUUUUCGGGUGUUUAACUGAAUCAGUGAUUGGGUCUACAUCCAAAGCCCACAGCAUGAAACCCAACCCCAGGUGCCUGUGGAAAGGGAGCUGCCAGGAAGUGCUAUCCAUGCUGUGUGUACCAUUGUGCUGAUCUGUUGGUGGAGACCACAAACUAUACUUAAUGGUUGAAAAACUAAAACAGCUUUUGUGUGUGUGGACAGGUCAAAAUGCCAGAGGUACAGCCUUCUUGAUCUGUGUUCUUCAGCUGGAGAGCAGAAGAAAGAUAAAAGAUUGCAUAUUUUACACUGUGAACAGCAAGUUGGUAGCUGGCUACUUUAACAGGAUUAAAUUACCAGAGGAAAGAUGCAUAGUUUUCUAUGAUGUUUCUGAUUAUUUUGGUAAUAGAAGAAGGAUAUUUCUAUUUACAAAAAUUGUAUACUUUUUCAAAACAAAAUUUCUCACUUUGAGAGCUUCUCACUCAGUAUUUCACAUCAGAAAUACUAACAUAACAAUCUCAAUUGUUACCUGAUGCAUUUUAUUAGAUAAAUUACUUCAAAAGAUAGACCCUGACCUUCAGCACUUGAGUCACCAUUACUUGUCUACCUCAGUUUGGAAGCUUGGCUAGUGGUUUAAGAUUUUCUCAAUUCCUGAAAGACUUUUUGACCAGGUGGUACUUACCACAUGUCUUGAUGAUACUGUGAACAUUUAAACUUCACUGUUGUUCAGUCAACUUAAGCUGAAUAAAGAACCUGAUUGAUAGUGAAAAAUUGAACUGAAAAACUGGGAAUUGGAUCUGUCAGAGUUUCUGAGUAGCCAACUGGAAACAAAGUGGCUUGUAUGUCUGAUUCUUUUUGUUUAAAACUUGGCCCAUUUUGACCUAUUUACAGUAAAUAUUUAUAAACAUGGGGCUUUCUGUAAUGUUAGGUGUUUCAUGGUAGAACCUCUGCAUGACCUCUUGAAGCAGUGUUUAUCUUAACAGCCUGAAUCAUUGACCUAAAAUGAACUCUUCUUCUUUUAUAUGAUAAACAUAAUUGUUCUAUAUAUAGAACCACACAUAGCUCAAAAAGCAUGCUAACUGCAUGUUAGGUUUGCAGUAAGAUUAUUAUUAUUUUAAUUACUUCUUGGUUAAAGUUAAUGCAAAGAGGCAGAGCUAUGAACAGAAUCUGACCGACUUCGGGAGCAAGUCUGCUAAAACAGCACGUUUUCUCUAAAGCUGUGAUAGAAACCUGUAUCAUUGAGAGGUGCUGAAGGUGAGAGCAAUGCUGCACUGGCUCUGUUUGGGUUUCUGCAUUGAAACACUAGUUUGCAUUCUUUGCCUUUCCUUCCAGGUCAGUGACUUCAGGAAUAUUUGUUUUUUUCUGCCUUGCAUUAAACCUAGUACUUGUAAUUGGUUCUAAUUGGCUUGUCCUAAACACUCACAAGGAAUGCUGUAGGACUGAAGAUGGAGGCACUGCCCUCUUUACUUCAAAACACUCUCCCUGAAGUUCCUGGAGUUGAUGACGUUCGUUGGGAGUGCGAUCAGAGGUUGCAGCCAGGUCUGAUGCACCUGUUCUAGGAAGAGACUGGAUUAUUCUGCACCGGUCUGCUUCUGGUUUGAACUAAUUAAGUUGUUAAGCAGAGGUUAAUGAUCAAGCACCUCUCCUCAUGACUUCUAUAUCUGGAAUAGGGUUUAAAAAAAAUAAAAUCCAAUUUACUCUCUAGCUGUUGGUAACCAUUGACCAGCGUGGUCCUUUGAAGCCAUGAUUUGUGCUGCACUCUAUCAGCUUGCAGAGUUCUGGGAAAAACAGGGCUCUGUUCUAAAGUGUAUUUCCAAGUGUAUGGACAUAGAACUUUUUUUUUUUUCUCCCCUGAAACCACAGAAGCGUGUGUGUGCAUUCAUGUUACCUCUGAGGCACUGACACUGCCUGGUGAAAGUGUUCUGUUUCUGUGGGAAUUGCAAACACUCCAGUUUGGCUUGGCCUUAUUGAGAAGUUUGUUCAAUAAUUAUGAGUAUAGGCUUGAUACCUGUUCAGACAACAUUGCUGAACUUUAGUGCUCAUUCAGAGUCAAGCCUGCAUGAGCCAGAGGCAGGGUUCAAGGAUGGAGUGUUUUGUGUUCAAAAACCCCACCUGACUAAUCUGGAGAGCAUGCUUGUGAUUUCACCCCGGGAAAGUAGGGAGAAGGUUUCAUUGCUUCUCUAUUGUUCUGUUAAAGAAGUCACAGUUGAGAUAAGACUUCAUUGCAACACAUAUCACCAAGAAAAUUCUGCAUUACUCCUUCCUCAGAGGCAUCUAAGCGAUUAGCUGGUGUGAUAGAAAAAUGGCCAGCAGCAAGAGCCCUCUUCCAGCAUUCCCCAGGGAGUGCUGGAGGCUUGGCAGGAGAGUGGUGUCACAGAGGUGUCACAAGGCCAGGUGCUGUGGGUGGGGUAGGCCGGGCCAGGCUCUGCCAGCAAGUUUGUGCAGUGACUCAGCUCAUUCCUCCUCCUUGUAGAGCCGGUGAAGGAAAAGAUGGUAUUUAGGGAGGCUGGGAUGAGUACACCAAGUGCAGUGCAACUUCAGGUGCAGACGAGUACUGAGAGGUAUUGAGAACACACUGCUCCCAUCCUACAGCUCUAUGUAGUGCCUUCAGUUUGAAGUAAAACCAGUCUGUCAGCCUGGCCGUGUUUUGGGUUCCAGUGUCACCCUUUAAACUGUGGGAAGGGACACUGUAGGACAAUGAGUGAUCAUGAGAGUGUUUUCCUGCAAAAGGCUAAAGCAGGACUGUUUUAUGAACCCCUCAGCUUGACUGAUUCUCCCUAAUUCUCAUUUUCAAGCCCAAAUCUGGCCAAAUGCAGUAGGAUUUUCACCUGAACGAAUGACAGCUGUGAAGUUUGGCCAGGAUGUUUUCACAGGAACAGCUGAGAGGAGGACUGGGUUCCCUCAGCACACUGGCCUGGGGCACGGCCCACAGCCUUUGAAUCCCUGGCCCAGCCCAAAGCUGGGAGCUGCCCAAGGGCACCAUCAAAGCUAAGAUCAGGAAAGCUCUGUCCAUUUUCUUGUGAGUGCUGCACAGAAACGUGGACUGCAAGAACCCAGGAAACCCCGUUCCUGGGGACUCGUCCUGCAGAGGAGUCUUAAUGAGAUUUCAGCUUCAUCACAAACCCAUGGUCCAGUGGAAGAGUCACAGUAACUCUCAAAGACCAAUGUGAGCUGCAGCCACCAGCUGGAGGUAGAGGAAGCAUUUCUAGACAGUCCCCUGAUUCCCCAUUGCUCAUCUCUUGCUCCCUGUCUUCAUGUUUCCACCAUGACCUACAUUCCUUGGAUGUACUUGCUUCCUGAUUUGCAUAUUAAUCUGAAUAAAAUAGCAGCACGGCA